UUUAUAGAAGAUCUGCUUUAAGUAAACCUAAUAAUUUAGCAAUAAAUGGUGCUGAAUAUAAAAUACUUGCACGCAAUGAAUCAAUUACUGGUUGGAUUAGUGUAAUUGAAACAAAUAAACCUUAUCAUAUGUGUGUAAUGUGUGCUGGUCAUUCAUUGUUAGGAGGAAUUUUUUUAGAUACUUUUGAUUCUGUUUAUGGAAGUGGAUUGGGAAUUGGAGUUUCAUCAAAAUCAUUACAAUUACAUAAAGUAGCAUUAGAUAUAGUGGAACUUGAUCCAGUUGUAUAUGAGUAUGCUAGAAAAUUUUUUGGAUUAAAAUGUAAACACAAUAUUUAUAUUCAAGAUGGACAUGAAUUUAUUAAUAAUACAAAUAGCUGGUAUUAUGAUUAUGUGUUGCAUGAUGUAUUUACUGGUGGUUCAGUUCCAUCAAGGAAUGCAUUGCAAUCAAUUCACAUUUUU